AUGUAUCCUUUGCCUGGCACAACCCCUGCGAUAACUGUCGACAACUCUGUCAGUGAUGCUGAGAGGCGCGCCGAGAUCUUACAUAUCUUACAAGACGAACAUUCUCUAGACAAACCAAGUCUUUACCACCUAGAUUCUGCUCUUGAUGUUGAUACAGCAGCCUCAGCUUCGUCUCUGGACUUGCCCCCCGUCCUAGUGGGCGACGAGCGAAUGCGCCGUCGUUCGGAACUUUCGCGUAUGAAGGCUCCUGUGGUUGAGGCCAUCGAACUUGCCCCUCUUCCGUCGAUUGAGGAACAAGCACAUGAACAGUCAAGCAUUGACCGCGCGACGGAUAUAUCAGGUGAGCCGCAGGGCAAGAUAUCAGGAGAAGACCUCGAAUUAGCACCACCAUUGUCAUAUGUGCCGUCAAUGAUCAAGGAAGACGCAAGUUCUGCUGGUGUGCUCUCGCCUGCGCAGCGAGCUAAACAUCGCUUGAUUGGCUGGAUCCAAUUCGCGGCGCUGUGCUAUUUCUUUUUCCUGGAAGGCUGGAAUGAUGGCUCUACCGGUCCCUUGCUGCCUCGGAUCCAGCGGAACUAUGGUAUUGGGUUCGCGAUAGUGUCACUGCUUUUCGUCACCAACUGCAUUGGUUUUUUGACUGGUGCGAUGAUGAAUGUAUACUUGAAUCACAGAUUUGGUUUCGGUAAAGUUCUGGUUAUUGGAUCUGUUUUUCAACUGGCUGCCUACGUGCUCAUAGCACCUGGAGGACCCUUCCCAAUCAUGUGUGUGGCAUUUUCGUUUUCAGGAUUCGGCAUAGCACUACAGAAUGCCCAAGCAAAUGGGUUCGUUGGAAGCUUGAAGGAGCAUGCGCAAAUUAAAUUCGGCGUCAUGUACGCGUCGUAUGGUCUUGGAGCUCUGGUUGCGCCACUAGUGGCGACGUAUUUUUCCACUGCGCGACACUGGUCAUUCCACUAUUUGAUCUCUGCGUGUAUCGCUUUGAGCAAUAUGAUAAUUCUCUCUGCCGUUUUUCGCUUCAAAACCCAGAGUGAUGCCAUGGCUGAGGCGGGUCAGGCAACGGAAGAGCCUGUUACAAGUGGUAACUUGUAUCGUCAAAUCAUGCGUCUCAAAGAGGUACAUUACCUAGCAACGUUUUCAUUGAUAUACGUUGGAGUAGAGGUCUCCAUUGGAGGAUGGAUUGUGACUUUCAUUGAGCAAGAGCGAGGCGGGGGUGCUAGUGCUGGAUACAUUUCCUCCGGAUUUUUUGGUGGAAUGAUGUUAGGUCGCAUCAUAUUGAUGUGGCCAAAUCGCAAGAUAGGAGAACGCUGGGUCAUUGUUCUCUACGCUCUCAUCGUCGUCGGUCUGGAAGUCACUGUGUGGGUUGUGCCGUCGCUUCUUGAGAACGCCAUCGCUGUAUCCUUCAUCGGGUUGCUAAUGGGGCCUAUGUACCCAAUACUCAUGCGUCACUCCACCUCGAUCCUGCCCAACUGGCUGCUGACGGGCUCUAUCGGGUACAUCGCUGGCGUCGGCCAGGCAGGCUCGGCCGUCUUACCAUUUAUCACGGGUGUCCUGUCGUCCAAGUUUGGGAUUGCGUCUUUGCAGCCUUUUAUUGUGUCGAUGAUGUCGACUAUGAUUGUUCUAUGGGCUCUGGUUCCGAAGAAGCGUCGGAUCGAAUAA